AUGGACUUAGAUACAGACGUUCCCAUGGAAGAUGUCGAGGAACACCAAUUGAGGCAAUCAGGCCAACCAGCAGGAGCCGACGCCUCGGCCGCAUCCAGACCGUUCUCUGGCAAGAAGCAGGACUUGAGCCUCACCUCCGUCAACCAAUUGGACCAGUGGAUCGACAAGUUGUCCAAGUGUGAGCCAUUGAGCGAGGCAGACGUGAAACGGUUGUGCGACAUGGCCAUCGACGUGUUGCAGUUCGAAGAAAACGUCCAACCAGUGCAAGUUCCCGUCACCAUAUGUGGAGACGUGCACGGCCAGUUCCACGACCUUAUCGAGCUUUUCAAGAUCGGUGGUCCCUGCCCGGACACCAACUACUUGUUCAUGGGUGAUUACGUCGACAGAGGUUACUACUCGGUGGAAACCGUGUCGUACUUGGUUUGCAUGAAGGUCAGAUAUCCUAAUAGAAUCACCAUAUUGAGAGGCAAUCACGAAUCGAGACAAAUUACUCAGGUUUACGGGUUUUAUGAUGAGUGCUUAAGAAAAUACGGGUCAGCCACCGUGUGGAAAUUGUUCACCGACUUGUUCGACUAUUUCCCAAUCACUGCAUUAGUAGACAAUAAGGUAUUUUGUUUGCACGGUGGGUUAUCCCCCAUGAUCGAAACCAUCGAUCAAGUAAGAGAGUUGAACAGAAUUCAAGAAGUGCCUCACGAAGGUCCCAUGUGUGACUUGUUAUGGUCUGAUCCUGAUGAUAGAGGUGGCUGGGGUAUUUCUCCAAGAGGUGCAGGUUUCACUUUUGGUCAAGAUAUUUCAGAACAGUUCAAUCAUACAAAUGACUUGAGUUUAAUUGCAAGAGCGCAUCAGUUGGUAAUGGAGGGGUUCUCAUGGUCACAUCAAGAAUCGGUUGUAACGAUAUUCUCGGCCCCCAACUAUUGUUAUAGAUGUGGUAACCAAGCAGCAAUUAUGGAAGUGGAUGAACAGCACAAUAGACAAUUCUUACAAUACGAUCCUUCGGUUAGACCUGGUGAACCUACAGUUACUAGAAAGACACCUGAUUACUUCUUAUGA